AUGCUCCAAAAUGCUCUUCAUAUGAUAGGCUCACCGCAUGGAUUGAAGCCCUUGUCGAAUGUUGUUUUAGGAAUAGGGACUGACGUGGUGUACUUACCCAGAUUCAAAAACCUAAUCAGCAAAUAUGGAUCUUCUGAAGAUGGAAAGCGCCUUCAUCGCCUUUUGGGGAAGUUCAUGCACAACAGGGAACUCUCAGAGUUCCAGGAACUGGUAAAUGGUGGCAAAUACGGAUUACCGCUUGUCCACUACAUAGCUGGCAUUUGGGCCACAAAAGAAGCUGUUUACAAGGCGUUAGCAUCACGACAAGUCGCCUGUGCAAUGCCUCCUGCUCAAACAAUUUACACCAAACUGUUAUACAAAACUAACGAUGCCAAGGGCGUCCCACGAAUUGAAAUCGACCAUAGCCUGACCGUGCAAUAUCCAAAGUUCAUCCAAGACAGCAUUUUGAAUACCAAAUUUCUUGUCAGCUUAUCCCAUGAUGAAGACUACUUGGUCAGUUAUGUUUGCCAAACCAAAGUUUGA